AUGCCUGGCCAUGCUAGACUUCAAGGUGUGGUAGCUACCAUAAUAGAGAUAAGCAAAGACCCCACAAACUACUACACAGGGCGGAUGCUGUGGUUUAGUUUUACUUUUCUUUACAUGUCAGUGGUGUAUGUAGUACAAAUCACUUGGUUUGACCUGGACAAAGACUUCCAGUGUCAUGGAAAUAUCUCCGAAGCCUGUGUAGCAGAGUGCUAUGAGAAUCACUUCACCAGCCCGAUUCUUGGAGUUUGGUAUGUGAUUGGCUUUGUCUUCUUCUUCAACUUUUUCAUGAUGGAGAGCUUUGCCUCUCAAGGUGUGCAAAAGGGGAAUGAGAAGCCUAAGAAGGAAUCUUUCAAAGAGAUGUCCAGUGACACUGACAACAAAGAAGACUCCAUAAAAACAAGAAAAGAUCAAAUUUUUUACUUCACCCAAAACAAGUUUCUGCUGACAAUGUAUCUUGUCUACUUUCUUGUACAGCUGUCUGUACAUCUGAUCUUCUUAGUUAUUCUUGUUCACUAUCAACUACCACUUCUUAAAAAGCCCAUUUGGUGCAGUACCCUCCUGUGUCUUGGACCUUAUGCAUGUGUGAUAAUGGGGACACAGGAAAAAGUUAUGUCCAUUAUCCUUCUAAUUUCACUCUCAGUGGUUAUCAUGACUUUCUGUAUUAUGUUCUUCCUGUAUACCAUUCAUGUAUACCUGGUCCUAAGGAACAGAACAAAGAAAUACAGAGGCUCUGUAAAAUCCUGA